GUUACUUCGAGUUGUUGCUUUAAGAAAAGGCAAAACAGAAUCCUGGUUUUUUCGAAACAUGCAAAAGUCGGAAACGGUAGCGACGCAAAGGAGGCUUCUAUAUGAGUAGUUUCAAACUGGUCAAUGUGAUUCUUCUUUCUUCAUUCCGGAGCGUGUCAAUCUCAUUAGUACAUUAUAGUCAAAGGCCUUCGGCGUCUGCUAAAACAUACAUCGCGUGUGUUCAUUUUUCACUCAUUCGUUUUGGAAUGGGGCAAGACGAUAAGACUCCAGCGGAUCUUAAGAAUGAACAAAAUCUUGUCCCCUCAACCAGUGAAUUCACCGCUCCCGUUCAUCCCAGGUCGGGAAAUUCCAGCGGUGGAAAUGCGGGUUUUACGGAAACGGGCGACGAAGCGACUGAGUGCGGUGGCGCACCACCCGUUGCGGCCUUCCGGCUGGAGAGAGUCCCGGGACGAGGCGUCGGCGCAGUCGCUAUUCGUGCCAUUCCGCGGGGCGAGCUGGUAAUCGCGGAGACCCCAGCAAUCCGCAUUAGUGGGAAGGAGAUUGCCGACGGCACGCUCCGGGAGGAACUGGCGGAACAGAAAUACAGGCGAUUGAAAGAUGAGCCGAAGCAACGCUCCGGGGUGGCGGACAAGUACAAGAUGCGCGAGGAUAUUAGUUCCAAAGCAGCUACAACAACAUCAUGUGCCCCCACGCGCGAAGAUUCUGACGCGCGCUCGACGUAUCGUGUGAUAUCGGCACAGCAAUGUGAGAACCUCGAGGAAUACUUUCCUACGGAGUGGUCUGUUGCGGAGAAAGUCUGGAGCAUGUUCGAUAUGCACGAGGAGGAACAUAAUUGCCACGGUGCGUCUAGUGCAGCCAGGCGGAACGAAGAUUAUGGGGCUACUAUUACAGGAGCACUCGCGGCGCGCGAGCACGAGCCGUCGGGCGUCAAGUCUGCUGCUGGUAUCUUCCAAUCGAAUGCCUACAGCUUCGAUUCAGGCCACGCUGUUUUUAGCAACCGAGACACCGGGAACGCGCAAUGGGGACUGUAUCCUUUAACGGCGAAACUGAACCACAGUUGCCGCCCGAAUGUGGCUUUCUGUACGACAUCGGAUGUUGAAGGAUGAUGGUGUUUUGUUUUUCCAUAAGUAGGUGCAGCGUAUCUAUUUCUGUGUAUACCACGACGUUCAUGUGGAAGUAGAUGGCAGCACGUUUUGUACUAGAAUUCAAACUUCCACCACAUCACGAGUAGACUAUGGUUGAUGUAUGGGCACGACUAGUACUACACGAAGAUGCUGCACCAACAGCACUACAUUCUUGACGAGUCGUUCAACAUAGAUGUGAUUUUUGAUUUGCAUAUCCCCCCACGACUUCAAGAAGGAUUGGGUGAUGCGCACGUUCGCGUCCCGCGACAUUCAGGCCGGUGAGGAGAUCUGCCACUGCUACAGUCGUGAAAUUUGUUUCCAGCCGCGGGCGGCUAGGCAAAAGUAUUUCGAGGAACAGUUUGGGUUUCACUGCGAGUGCGAGGCGUGCACCAAAGGACACGCACCUUCAUCACCUGUCGGCACACGUAGAACUGUAGCAUCACCUCCAACUACCGAGACGAACAUCAAUCCGGAUUCUGCUUCUAUCGGUCAAGAACCGCGUUGUACCAGCGAGAGGCGUACUACAAGACAAAAUCCUCAUCCAUUCAAAAUUUCGGACGAACAGCGGGCGCGAGCCAAACAGGUGGAGCAGCAGCUGGUUUUUCUGGCGAACCAGAACAACUCGGAUGAUCCGCGGAGUCCGGCCUCAUCAUCAUCUCCGGGAGACGACAUUAAGGCGCCGGCCUCCACGUCGCGGAAGAAGAAGAACAGCAAUAAGUUUUUCCCCGCGUUCUCGCCGCGCGUGCGCAACAAGGGAGCAGCUGGUGCUGGAGGUAAGCAGGGCGACGAUCCUUUAACGUACCUACAAACCAUCGAGGAGUAUCUUUCUCUGUUGCGUGCAGAGGGCCUCGACCGGCCGGAGCAUUACUUGGAGUUGGGUGCCAUUGCCUUCGACAUCACCGCCGUAGCGUUGCAGGACCUGGCGCAGGCGGAGAAAUGGGCGGACUGCUGUGCGGAGAAUGCCUGCAUCAUGCUCGGGAACGACUCGGACCACGCAGUCGUAAAAAAAUGGCAGAAGAAAAAGCAAAACUUGUUGCUUCAUGCAAGGAUGAUUUGAGCGGGAGCAGGAGCGAAGGUUGCUGUUCGUGUACGAUAUUAGGGCAAGAAGUUUGCUGGGAAAAUGAGGAAAAGUUUUGAACUUUUGUACUAUUCCGGUACUGGUGGUGCUGGUGUUUCAAAAAUAAUGUACAAACUCUGUAUGAUUGGACUUGGAGUAUCUGCUUUCAAAGUCUAGUGGCCUUUGAUGUUGCAGGGCCGACAUUUUUCGCGAAGAUGUGGAAAUGGUAAAAGUGGUGGAUAAUUGGAAUUCCGCAGCAAAGCCGAUUCUGAUUUGCACCAAGAUGCUGGUUCAAUUGGGAGCUUGUUUCCGGAUGUUCCCAACUUGUUUUUGUGCCCUUGAUGAUGACGCGAUCGGGCAGAAAUCGUCUUGAUGAAAGCAGAAAUCGUUGUUUGGGCAGAGAG